AUGCCUCCCAAAAAGGCUGUGAAGGAAGAGAAGAUUCUUCUGGGAAGACCCGGCAACAGCUUGAAAAGUGGUAUCGUCGGCCUGGCUAAUGUUGGCAAAUCGACUCUCUUCCAAGCCAUCACAAAAUGCUCGCUGGGCAAUCCUGCCAAUUUCCCUUAUGCGACCAUAGAUCCUGAAGAGGCACGAGUCAUCGUACCGGAUGCUCGAUAUGACUGGCUCUGCGAACACUACAAGCCAAAGUCGCAAGUACCUGCGAACUUGACGGUCUACGAUAUUGCUGGUUUGACCCGGGGUUCGUCGACGGGCGCCGGUCUUGGAAAUGCUUUUCUAUCACAUAUCAGAGCCGUCGACGCCAUCUUCCAAGUCGUGCGAUGUUUCGACGAUGCAGAAAUUAUCCACGUCGAGGGCGAUGUCAAUCCCACUCGUGAUCUAGACAUCAUUUCCGAAGAGUUGAGAUUAAAAGACAUCGAAUUUGUCGAGAAGGCAAAGGAAAAUCUCUCCAAACAGACACGACGUGGCGGCCAAAGUCUUGAGAUGAAGAAGUUGAAAGAGGAGGAAGCCACAGUUGACAAGAUCCUGGCAUGGCUGAAGGAUGGCAAGGACGUCAGAAAGGGUGAAUGGGGUCCCAAGGAGGUCGAAGUCAUCAACCCCCUUUUCCUCCUAACCGCGAAGCCAGUUGUCUAUCUGAUCAACUUGUCAGAAAAGGACUACUUGCGACAAAAGAACAAGUACCUGCCCAAAGUCAUGGAGUGGAUCAAGACCAAUGCUGCUGGGGACCCCGUGCUGCCCAUCUCCGUCUCGUUCGAAGAGCGUCUCGCCACCAUGUCCGACGAAGAAGCCGCCGAAGAAUGCAAGACUCUCGGCACGAAAUCCGCUCUGCCCAAGGUCAUCGUAACUAUGCGUCAAGCACUCAACCUGGCCAGCUUCUUCACAACCGGUACUGAUGAGGUCCGACAAUGGACGAUACGGAAGGGCAUCAAGGCUCCUCAGGCGGCUGGUGUAAUUCACACGGAUUUCGAAAAGACUUUUAUCCAAUGUAUCGUCUACAACUUCGAGACAUUGAAGGAGUAUGGGGACGAAAAUGCAGUGAAGGCCGCAGGAAAAGUGAUGACGAAAGGAAAGGAUUAUGUUGUCGAAGACGGCGAUAUCAUCUUGAUCAAGGCUGGUGCGGCCAAAGCGUAA